AUGUCCGACAAGAUCAAAGAUGCCGUGCUUGCAGAGGCCAAAAGCACACAAGCGGUCGCUCAAGAUGUGAUCACGUCUGGCGCAUACUUGUAUCCAUUCAAGGGAAUUGUUUACUUCUUAACCCACAAAGACCUCUGGCGUCCAUUUAUCUCUCGCGCCGGCCGAACUAUCACGUUGGGACUAGGCGUCACGAGCAUCAUGUUCUUCUUCACAUACGUGCCGCAGAUGGCCAUCAUGACCUUCACCAGUGGUCCAUUGGCUGCCAUUUCUGCAGCAAUCCUCGUUCUCGGCGAAAGUUCCACCAUAACCAAUGUCCUCUCACGCUCAUUCCUCGUCGAAGACGCCCUGAUCGAUACCUUCGAUGGCACGCUGGUUGCGCGUGACCAGGAGCCACUUGUAGCACAAGGACGCCAGAUGAAGCCCCGAUCGGGAGGCAAAGAUGCGAUGGCUAGACUGGGCAAGAUUGUCAGUCGGCCUCUCGAGAAGCUGAACCCACGGGCGCUGCUGCGAUCGUUGCUCUACCUGUCCCUGAACCUCAUUCCUGUGGUCGGGACGGUGUUGUAUGUCUUUAUGCAGGGGAAAAGAACAGGACCGGUGCUUCAUGCCAGAUAUUUUCAGCUCAAGGGCUGGGACUCAACGAUGCGAGACCAGUGGGUGAAGAGCAAUCAGGGCGCGUACACUGGACUUGGAAUUGCAGCCUUUAUCUUAGAAAUGGUACCACUUGCCUCGAUCGCGUUCUCAUUCACGAACACUGUUGGCGCAGCUCUCUUUGCUGCGGAUUUGGAGAAGGCGAAUAAGUAG